GACCCGGCAGCCGGGCAAACAACCUGCCCGGACACGGAGCCCCAAGGGCACGGACCGGAAGCGAGUGUGCAGCGGAUCGCCUUCCGGGCGGACCCAGAAGGCCGGAAGCAGGGGUUCCGGUCUCCGGUAUGAAAGGACGGCGCGCAGACAGCCGGCAGAGAGAGAGGUCAACCGCCAUGGAGUCCCCCGAGGAGCCCGGAGCGUCCAUGGACGAGAACUACUUUGUGAACUACACUUUCAAAGACCGGUCGCACUCGGGCCGGGUGGCAAAGGGGAUCAUGAAACUGUGUCUGGAAGAGGAGCUCUUUGCCGACGUCACCAUUUCCGUGGAAGGCCGAGAGUUUCAGCUGCACCGGCUGGUGCUCUCAGCCCAGAGCUGCUUCUUCCGGUCCAUGUUCACCUCCAACCUGAAGGAGGCCCACAACCGGGUGAUUGUGCUGCAGGAUGUCAGCGAGUCUGUUUUCCGGCUCUUGGUUGAUUUCAUCUACCAUGGGACUGUGAAACUGCGAGCCGACGAGCUGCAGGAGAUUUAUGAGGUGUCAGACAUGUAUCAGUUGACAUCUCUCUUUGAGGAAUGCUCUCGAUUCUUGGCCCGCACGGUGCAGGUGGGAAACUGCCUGCAGGUGAUGUGGCUGGCAGAUCGGCACAGUGAUUCUGAGCUCUAUGCUGCUGCCAAGCACUAUGCCAAGACCCACCUGGCCCAGCUGCAAGGCACAGAGGAGUUCCUCCACUUGUCCCACCAUCUGCUCACUGAUAUCAUCUCGGAUGGAGUUCCCUGUUCCCAGAACCCAACAGAGGCCAUAGAAACCUGGGUCAACUUUAACAAAGAAGAAAGAGAGGCUUUUGCCGAGUCUCUCAGGACCAACUUGAAGGAAACGGAGGAGAGUGUGCACAUUUACCUGAUCGGGAAAGAGUCGUGUCGCACCCACUCGUUGGCUGUGUCUUUGCACUGUGCAGAAGACGACUCCAUCAGUAUAAGUGGCCAAAACAGCUUGUGUCACCAGAUCACAGCAGCCUGCAAGCAUGGUGAAGAUCUGUAUGUGGUGGGUGGGUCCAUCCCGCGGCGCAUGUGGAAGUGCAAUAAUGACACUGUGGACUGGGAAUGGUGCGCACCUUUGCCCCGAGACCGGCUGCAGCACACCCUUGUGUCGGUGCCCGGGAAAGAUGCCAUAUACUCCCUGGGUGGCAAGACACUGCAGGACACCCUCUCCAACGCCGUUAUCUACUACCGGGUAGUUGAUAAUGUAUGGACGGAGACCACGCAGCUGGAGGUGGCUGUGUCCGGGGCAGCUGGCGCCAACCUCAACGGGGUCAUCUACUUACUAGGCGGGGAAGAGAACGACCUGGAUUUCUUCACCAAACCAUCCCGGCUCAUCCAGUGCUUUGACACCGAGACCGACAGGUGCCACGUCAAGCCCUACUCGCUGCCCUGUGCCGGUCGCAUGCAUGCGGCUGUGCACAAGGACCUGGUGUUCAUUGUGGCCGAGGGGGACGCGCUGGUCUGUUACAAUCCCCGGCUCGACAGCUUCACCAGGCUCUGCCUUCCCGAGGCCUGGAGCUCGGCCCCAUCCCUCUGGAAGAUCGCCAGCUGCAAUGGGAGCAUCUAUGUGUUCCGGGACCGGUACAGAAAGGGGGACACCAACACCUAUAAGCUCGACCCUGCCACUUCAGCUGUCACCGUCACUAGUGGCAUUAAGGUGCUGCUUACCAAUUUGCAGUUUGUGUUGGCCUAAGGCUGUGGGAGGAGGGGGGGAGCAACGGACUCCUGUGCCCUCCCCCAUUCAGUUCUGUACCCAUCCAAACUCUCAAGCCCUUGUGUGUCCCCAUGGGCCCCCCCACCCCCCAAUUCAGAAUAUGGUGUUGAUUAGGAAGGCAGAGCCUCAGCCCUUCCCUGAACCCAUCAUGGUGUUGUCUGAGGCCCUCAACCGCUGCUCUCAGCUGGCUGCCUGAACUGUGUGUGCCUCACCCCCAGUGCCCCCAGUUGGCUGUCCUCUCCCGGUAACCUGUCUCACUAGAGUGAGAGCAGGCUGGCUCUCAGUCAGACCUUAGACACAAACAGCACCUGCCACCUGCCCCCCCCCCCCCAUCAGUGUAAAAUAGAAGCACCUUGAUCCCAAGACACAAAGAUACUCAAUUCUACUUUUGUCUAUAGCCUGCAAAGUGGCCAGUAAGUUGGGUUUUCGUUUUUUUUAACUCUCUUUUCUUUCCUACAAAUAAUGAGGUGGUAGAGUUUCCCUGCAGGUUUUAUGUGGGAGAGUGGAGGAGGCUGAAGGUGUGUGUCAUCAGCAAGUCAACCCCUAAGGAUGUUCCUUCCAUUGUUUUCUCACCAGCCUGGCAAGAGGUACAUACUUCCUACUCCUGUAGGAAGGGCAUAAGCCAGAAAGAAGGAGAAAGGACUCCUGCCAAUUGGUAGAAACUUUUUUUUUUCUUCCCCAAACUCUACUCUUUUACAGGCUCUAAGCUGAGUCAAGAGCCAGGUACUGUUAAUACAAAUAAAGUUUUAGAAGGCA